AUGUUGAGAAACCAAAACAUUAUAUCAUUUAAAAAAAAACUAGUUUCUUUCACCACAAUCUUUUUCAUCUUUACAAUCUUAUUUAUAAGGUCAAGCUCACCAUUAUACUUUUAUCUUGAGGGAAGUGAGCAAAAAUGUUUCAUUGAAGAACUACCAAAGGAUACGCUUGUUGUAGGUACUUAUAAGGCAGAAGAAUGGUCUGAUGCACAACAACAAUAUAUUGAGAACUCAAACAUCGGAAUUCAAAUAACUGUAGAGGAAUUACCACUCAAUCAUCGCAUUGUAAAUCAAAGAGGUUCAAGUAAAGGUCGUUUUACUUUUACUGCAUCGGGAUCAGGUGAUCAUGCCAUAUGUUUACAAACAAAUUCAAGCCAUUGGUUUUCAACUUCUCAAACGAAAUUACAUUUAGACAUGGCGGUUGGUGAUGCAACUGAUUAUGAGGAGAAUGAUCAAGAACAUUUUAGUGGUCUCGCUCAGAGAGUUCAUGAUCUAAACAAUCGUAUCACCGAAAUUAGAAGAGAACAGAGUUAUCAACGAGAACGUGAGGUAGAAUUUAGAGACCAAUCAGAACUUACAAAUUCAAGAGUAUUAUAUUGGACUUUAGUUCAAUUGACAGUUCUUGGAAUUACGUGUUUAUGGCAAAUGCGACAUUUGAAGAAAUUCUUUGAAACAAAAAAACUUGUUUAA